GCCAGAAUACGUGGCCCCGAAACUGUAUGUGAAUUUGUGUCUUGUUUACAUUUUUUACCGUAUUAUUUCGCCAGGAAACCCUACAGGAGCCGUUUAUCGGCUUCAAGCAAGAUGAUGAAUCCACAAUUCCCACCUCCGGGCCAAAAUAAUAAUGUACCAGUAAACCCUAUCCAUCCUCCUGGUUCUCAAGACUACAAUGGUGUCCAGAACGCCAACAUGUUCAACCAGAUACCUCCAAAUGGACCACCAAAACCGUUUGACCAUAAUGACAUGUCGCAUAAAAUGCAAAGCAUGAAUAUAAACGGUCCUGGUUUCCCAAAUGUAUCAAACUCACAGCUGCCACUUGGUCAAAUGCCACCAGCAAGUUUUCCUCCUACGUCAAACUUUGGUCAAGUGCCUCCAGGGCAAAUGCCACCGGGGCAAAUGCCACCAGGGCAAAUGCCUCCACUGCAAAUGGCACCAGGAAGGCCACCAGUCGGUGGAGCACAGUUUCCGCCUCAGAAACCUCCUCCCUCAUCUACGCCUGGUCAGUUCAUGCCACCACAGAGCCACACUCCUGAUACGAGUAGACAGUUGCCUCCAAUGAAUCAAGCGAGUUCUCAACCCAGUCAUGGCUCAAUGGGACCACCGCAAGGAUCACACCAAGGGCCACCACAAGGACCACCACAAGGUCCACCACAAGGACCACCACAAGGUCCACCACAAGGUCCACCACAAGGACCACCACAGGGUCCACCAGGUCAAAUACCUCCAAGUUCUCAACCAGGGCUUCCACUUUCCGGGAUGGGAAGACCAGGGCCUCAACAACAGCCUUCGAAACCAAUGCCACCACAGAUGGGUGGUCCACAAGGCCAACAACCUGGGUUACCUCAACAACCAGGUUUAUCCCAACAACCAGGCUUAUCUCAACAACCUGGUUUACCGCCACAACCAGGUCAAGGACCAGGAGGUCCAAAAAUGCCACCACAGCCAGGGCAGCCUGGUAUGCCACCUCAAUCUCAACCUGGUCCAAUGCCAGGACAGCCAGGAUUACCACCACAGCCUGGUCAUCUACAGGGUCAACCAGGAUUACCACCUCAACCAGGACAGCAAGGGAUGCCACAACCUGGACAGUUUGGACAACCUGGAUUACCUCCUCAAUCUGGUCCACAAGGUUUAACACUGCAAUCUAGACAACCACUACAGCCUGGUCAACCUGGGCUUCCUCCUCAACCAGGGCUUCCGCCUCAAUCGGGUCACAUGAGCCAACCAGGUCUUCCACCUCAGCCAGGACAACCUGGUUUACCUCCGCAACCUGGUCAAAUGCCUGGUCGGCCAGGAUUCCCUCAACAACCAGGCCAACCUCAGCCUGGCCAAGGGUUACCACCACAACCCGGGUUAAGUCAGCCAGGGUUACCACCUCAACCGGGGAUGGCGUCGUCUUCUCAAUACAAUCAAUUCCAAUCUAGUCUGCCACAUAUGCCGCCGCCGAUGACGCAGCAAGGUUACCCUGGAGCUCCGGCGGGUCAACCAGGAUUCCAGCAACCGCCGACAACUGGAGGGUAUCCAGGCAUGCCGCCUAUGCCAAAUCAACCAGUCCAAAAUCAGCCAAUGCCUGGCCAGCAGCGAGGGUACCAGCAGCCUCCCUCGGGUUAUCCACAACAGUACCAACCUCCCUUCCCCGCCCAGCAACCCGGCUACCCUGGUGAGCAGUAUCAACAGCAGAAGAGAUUGGACCCUGAUCAAAUGCCAAGUCCAAUCCAAGUUAUGGCGGACGACCAGCAAAACCGCGGCGGGGUGUUCGUGACGAACGAGAAAGGCGCAGUUCCUCCUCUGGUGACCACGGACUUCACAGUGGACGACAAGGGCAACGCCAGUCCUCGCUAUAUACGCAGCUCCAUGUACAGCGUGCCCGUCACCGCCGAUCUGCUCAAACAGACCGCCAUGCCCUUCUGUCUUGUUAUAGCCCCAAUGGCAGAGACGGUUGGCACAGAAUUGGAGCCCCCCGUUCUGGACUUCGCGGCCCUCACGGGGUCCCCCGCAAUGGGCCCGGUGCGCUGCUGCCGCUGCAAAGCUUACAUGUGUCCGAACAUGAAGUUCAUUGACGCCGGUAGACAUUUCAAGUGCGCCUUUUGUAAAGCUACUACUGAAGUGCCGAUGGAGUACACGCAGUACGUGAACAGCAUGCAGCAGUACGGGCGCCUGCCCGCCGAGAUGGCUCUCGGCGCGUAUGAGAUCGUCGCCACCAAGGAGUACUGCAGGAACAACACGCUGCCUAAUCCCCCGGCGAUUGUGUUCCUCAUAGACGUGUCAUACAAUGCCAACAAAAUGGGAUUGGUGCAGACAGUCUCCCCUCAGACGCUGGCGUACAACGAGCUGGGCCAGGCGUGCUCGGCGGCGGGCGUGUGCGUGGAGCUGUUCGUGUGCAACAACGCCUACGUGGACGCCGCCACCAUCGGCCAGCUGCCCAGGCUCACCGGUGGACAGCUGCACAAGUACACCUACUUCACGGCGGAGCUGGACGGGCCGCGGCUGGUGGCGGACGUGCGGCGCGUGGCGGCGCGGGCCACGGCGCACGACGCCGUGAUGCGCGUGCGCACCUCCACGGGCGUGCGCGCCACCGACUUCUACGGCCACUUCUUCAUGUCCAACACCACCGACAUCGAGCUGGCGGCCAUCGACGCCGAUAAAGCAGUGGGCAUAGAAAUAAAGCACGACGACAAGUUGACGGCAGAAGACGGCGUGUACAUCCAAGCGGCGCUGCUGUACACGCACCGCAACGGGCAGCGGCGCCUGCGAGUGCUGAACCUGGCGCUGAACGUGGCGCACCAGCUGGCCGACGUCUACCGCAGCACGGAGCUGGACACGCUCAUCAACUUCCUCACCAGAUCAGCGGUGUGGGGCCUGCGCGAGUACACGCCGCGGCAGAUCCGCGAGGGGCUGUCGACGCGCUGCGCCAAGUCGCUGACGGCCUACCGCCGCCACUGCGCCUCGCCGUCGUCGGCCGGCCAGCUGGUGCUGCCCGAGUCCAUGAAGCUGCUGCCGCUGUACACCAGCUGCAUGCUGCGCUCCGACGCCAUCGCGGGGGGCCCCGACCUGACGUGUGACGACCGCUCGUGCGCGAUGUACCGCGCGCUGACCGCCGACGUGGCCACGUCGGUCGUGUACACGUACCCGCGGCUGCUGCCGCUGCACCGCAUCACCGAAAUACAACCGCUGCCGCAGCUGAGAGCGUCGGUCGACAAGAUGAACGACCAGGGCGUCUAUUUAUUAGAGAACGGCGUCCACAUGCUGAUGUGGAUCGGCUCCGCGGCCAGCCCCGAGUUCGUGCGCGCCGUGUUCGGCGUGCCGUCGCCGCAGCAGGUGGACACGCAGGUGGGCGAGCUGCCGGCGCUGGACAACGCCGCCAGCGCCGCGGCGCGCGCGCUGGUGGCCGACGCGCGCCGCCGCCGCCGCGUGGCCAUGCGCCUAACAAUGAUGCGGCAACACGACAAGCUGGAAGCAGUCCUCCGCCAUUUCCUUGUCGAAGAUCGCGGUGGACGGCAGCGCUUCCUACGUCGACUACCUGUGCCAUGUGCACAAGGAAAUACGGGCGCUGCUAUAGUAUUUGGCUUAUUAGACCUAGUGACGUCGAUACAAAGGUACUGGUGCUGGAAAUUAGAGAACUUGGAGAAUUUUAUGAUAUUUAUUAGGUACGCAUUCGUGUCAUGCUGCUUUACAAUCCGGUAUUUCUUUCUCCGGUUUCAAAAGAGGCGUUUCUUUCGAAAUUUGAAAUGUACCAUGAGCAUUUCGGUGAACGGAGACCUCGGGAAACGUCUGAAGUUUCGCCAACGGGUCUCCUCUCAGGAGAACCCUCGCCUGAGAGGAGAUCCGUGCCAUGAUUUCCUUUUGUUCGAUUUAUUCCCUUAAGAUAAAAUGAUUUAAUUUUCCUAAUCCUGUUUAAAUUAUGAACACUCCAUAUUACAUUAAACUAAAUUCUACAAGUUCCUUAAUUUCACGGCUACUGUACCUACUUUACAAUGUAAGCCAUGUUUUCUGAUGACGUCACUAACCUAGUAUUACAAUUUUGAGGUUUGUUAACAACAAAAAAGGAGGGUUAGCAACAAAAAGUUCCAAUUUCACGUGUCCUUAUCCAACAACACUGAUUAGCAAUCUCAUCAUUGCCGAUUAGUAUAGGGAUAUUUAUGAUGUCAUUAGUAAAUAUGGCGAACAUACGUCACUAUGCAUAAGGUCUUGUACACUGCCCGUACGUAUGAAACUUGGAUGUAUUUUGAAAUAAAAAUGUGAAUAAAUACGAGUCAAUAAGUAAAUAACUGAAUUUUUACUUAUUUGCUUAGGUAUAUAGACAAAAAUUCUCCAUGAUUGAGUCAAUUGAGUGAGAAUGUUAAUUAGAAAAUUCAGUUUUAGCAUAUAUCAGUGUUGUGUCAAAAAAGUAUGGAAGUAAUUAUUAAUACAAUGAUCGAACACAAAGAAACAUUCCUUGUAUCCCGCUGGAUCAGAGCCAGCGACCUCUUUAUACAGUGGCUGGUCCAGCCAGAUCGAAUUGUAUUAAUAAUUAUAAUAAAGUAGUGGGGUGAUUUCACAAAAAAUAAUUGAAUAAACAUUGUGAUAUUCAAUAAUCUUAAUGUUAAAGCUAUAGAAAUAACUUUAAAGCAUAGAUAAUUCAAGCGUCUUUUUUUUAAUUCAACGAAAAAUUUGCUGCAUCCCGAGACCCCGAAAAAUACGUCCUUUCAAAAAUGCGUAAAUAAUUUCCUCCUCGUCAAAUUCUAUGGCCCAUAUUAUAUUGCGGCGGCAAGGAAUGGAAGCGAAUUUUUGUAACGAUAUUGAACAUAGCGUGAUGAACUUUAUGGUCAAUUGUGUACAAACUAGAUACGAGCCAAAAAUCAAGUCGCGCGUUUUCCGCGGAAACGCCUAGCGACGGCGAAAUACUUUAGCCUCAAGGCGCGGUCGCUAGAGUGCUCGAGCAGCGAAAUUGACACUUCCAUUCUAUUCCGUUCCGCCGCAAUGUAAAUUGAGCUUUAUAGUAACAUUUCGACGCCUUACUUUCUAUUUAUUUUAAAGGAUAUUAAUUUGGAUGCAUUACUUUCAGAAUAGGCAAAAGCCAGUGUGUGAAUAUGAUGGAAAUGAGACGUGAAAUCAGAAUGAAAAAUUCGUAUUUUAUACAAUCCAUGUUUUGCAUUUCAGUUACUUUGUUUUUUAAGAUGCGACUUUGAGAAAGUAAGGCGACGAUUUAAUUGUAAUUUUUUAUUAUUAAUAAAUCACUUGACAUUUAAAUAUUGGAUGGCCCGACAUUGCUACUCUAUUGUACGUAAUAUUUUAUUUCCUUUAUAUAAUAAUAUACCGGACACAUAAUUUGAGCCACCUUGUAUUUACAAUACUAAAUACCCGCUUAAACAAUGCUUGAUUGAUAUCAAGAACUGUUAUGCAACUUUGAAACUGGUAAACUAAACGUUAUUUCCUCAAGUCCUUAUUGAAAAUUUGAAUUUAAAAAACCGGUGAAAACUUUUCCUUCGACGGUAACUAUAUUUUUAUACUCCGUUUAAGGAUAAAAAUGCAAUGUGGCUCGAAUUAUGUGUUCGGGAGUGUAUUUUCAGAGGAAAUUCCGAAAUUUCGGGAGAAAUAUUAUUCAUACACAAACUUGACGAAUUACACACUAUACAAUUUAGUACACAAUUUUGAGUUGAGCAAGAAAUCUGUUGAAAAUCUAGGCGAGACUAAGUGAUGUAAGCGAUUGUUCUGCUCGCGUUUUAACGUUUACUGGAACAGUAAUGAAGUUCCAAUGCUCUAUUUUGCCAUGCAACUGACUGUUCUAUACAUGGUUAUUUAUAAAGUACUAUAAUAACCACCUCUCAGUAGUAUUUACUGAUACCAUAGACAACAACUUUUGUUCCAUUACAAAACGAAUGAUAAAUUUAAAAAGACGUAAAUGUCGUUAAAAACCGAAUACGAAGACACGACAGCAAGCACAGAAAAAUUCGCUGGUUCGUUCCGUGGCUUAGUUGGUGUAGCCUCUGCCACGGUAUGCUAGAAGACGUCGAUUCGAAUCCGGCCGGAUAGAAGUAGUUUUUACAUUAUAAAUUUUUCUUGUUCUAGCGUCCUUCCCGACGACACUAUUUUUAUUUUUGUACGAAAGUAAAUCUCGUAAAUUAUUAAAAGUUAUAGAACAAUAACAUGAAUUGGCAUGAAUGGCCGUAAUAUAGAAUUCAGAAUUUCUCUAAUAAUUUUCAUUAAAUUUUCAACUUACGUUCAUAAGUCGAAAUGAAAAUGACAGAAGUUGUAUUGCAAUUCCAAUGUAUUUCUUAAUUUUAUGCGUAUUUUCAGUACAAGACCUGAACAAGACAUAAGUAUGUAAGCCUUUUUAUAACGUGUUAUUAUUAAGAAUGACAUCACCAGACGAUGAAAAGCUUUUUUUACCCUCAGAUGGACUUUGGUGAUCACUGUUCUGCCCCCCCCUUAUCAUAACUAAUGUAAUCAAAGAUCUACAACCCCCGCUAAUCCGUUUUUUUAUAUCUUAUUUAGUUUUGAUAUUAUGACUAGGAGAGCAGUGUUCAUGUUCAGUCCUUAAACAUUUUGACGUCAUCAAAGAGCUACCUUAAAGCAUAUUUUGAUGUGAAAGGUGGAAAAAAUCAAUACGACAUGAAGUAAGAAUAUUCUUUUAUUUUUCUUAAUAUAAAUAACUGCUUUCACAACCAGCAUCAAUAACAAUGUUUUUUUUUAUGAUACACGACGAGACGAAGAAGUCGUGCGCCUGGUGGUUAGCGACAUGCCUGUUCACAACAAUUACAGUGUCACUCAGAUGGCAGUACUUCCCUGGUCGUCCAGGUUUUCUGUUUCACAAGGAGCUCUACUAAAAUUGUGUAAAUUUAGUAGUUAAACGUGUACUUUGUGUUCUAUUAGAUUUCAUGGAUGUAUCCAAUUGUAAUAAAUUGAUAAUAAAUCUAUAAGGAUAAGUCCUAUCGACUAGUAUAAUAAAAUAGAGUGCUCAUUUUUUUGCAUUUUUAGUUAAAAGAUCACUUAAUUGCUUAGGUAGUUCCCCUUUAUAUGCCAUUGAUUUUUUUCACCCUGUAUACCUGAAUACUUAUGUAAUAAAACUUGUCACGGAAUUUGUACAGAAAACAACUUACACGAGAAUAAAAAUGAUAGAACUGAAACGACGGUAUUGCCAUGAACUCGUGCUUAUUUACUAUCAUUGUUGGAUGUGCUCGGACUGAAGGCCAUUAAUAAUGAACCUAAUAAAAUAUUUACAGUGUUAUGUGAGUUUGUAAGCUACCACCCAAUUGGUAAUGGUGACCGUGAGUGGUAAAUUAAUUGCAAAUUAUAUAACAUUCGUGUUGAAGUACCGUUGGUAUAACAAUGGCACAUGUAGUCAAACGUCAAAAGCGCUUUUUAUCACAUGAUGAACUGCGUAAAAUAAAUUUAAUAAGCCAUGGUAGCCUGGCUUGACCUACCGCCUUUCAAGGAGAUGCCAUGAGUAUAAAUUUUACCAUGAGCUUUCCGGCGAAGGACUAUAGCCUAAACCGCCGACUGAGAGGAGACCCGUGUCUAGCAGUGCGACGUACAAAUGUUUGGUCCCAUUUAUAGCAUAAAAAAGUUGUUGAUUAAUUUAGUUUGUAGAAUAUUUAAAUCUCU